AUGCUUAAAUUACAAGAGAAGCAAAAAAUUAUUGAAAUUUUAAAUAACCCAAUUUCUUAAAUUAAUAGGCCAGCAAAAAGCACAUCAACUUAUAAUCCUUAACCAAUUGAAUAGUUAGUCUUCAAUCGAAGCUUACUAAGAGUUUAUGGAUAUUCAAAACCAUAAACUGACCAAAGAAAUAGGAAAAAACUAUAUAUAAAAUAAUUAGAAGUAACACAAGAUAUAAAAAAUAACAAAAAAAUCAUAGAAAUUUUAAAAAGAGAUUAUUCAACAAAAUCAAAUGUUGAAAAAUAAUCAUCUUUUCAAAAAGAACAGUUAGAAAAAAGAUGCACCACUACUAUUAAUAACAGGUUCUCUUUAUUGAAUGCCAUGUAUAAAGGUAAGAGGAACGACAACAUUUCUAAAGUUAUUGAGUAUUAAAAUGAUAGUUAAAAAUAAAGAUAUUAGAUGCUACAUCUUAAUUUUAUAAAAACCUAAAAAUAAUACUAGAACAUUUAUGGAAUACCCUUAUCUGAAUUUCUAUUAGAACAUAAAUUUUUAACUUUAAUUCAUUAAUAACUAUUAAUAAUUUUAUUGUUAGUCUUUUAAAUCGAUUGCUCUAAUAUUUAUGAAGUAAUAACUUAUAAAUAAUACAAACUUUUUAAACAAGUUAUUAUUUGGAAAGAUUUAUCGAUUAUUGAUUUAGUUGAUAAAAUUUCAUUAGUUUUUGAAAAUGCUGCUGGAGGGGAUUUGCUUAAUAUUAUACAUUUAAUGGCUUAAAUUUAACCUUACAGAUUUAAUGGUAAGUAAAAAAUAACCAGAGAUAUGAAAUUAUUAAAUAAAACGGUAUAGGAUUUAGAAAAUAUAUGUAUAGAACAUGUUUUAUAAUAAGGAAAUUUAAAUAUACAAAUUGAUAUUACUAAAUUAAAAAAACUAUUUUAUAAUUAAAUUAUUAAUAUUAAUACAUUUAUUGACUUAUUAUCAGGAUAAUUUUGA